GCGACGCGGCUGCGGUGUCCUCUCGGAGACGCGGGUCCUGCCUGGAGACCUUGCCUUCUCCCUGCUGCCAGCGGUUCCGCCACCCCGAGCCCUCUUUUUCCCUCCCGUCCUUUCCCAGCCUCGGGCCGGACCGGGCCGAGCCGGGCCGCCCGGGCGCGGUCCCUGACCAUGGCGUCUCUCUUCAAGAAGAAAACCGUGGACGAUGUAAUAAAAGAACAGAAUCGAGAGUUACGAGGUACACAGAGGGCUAUCAUCAGAGAUCGAGCAGCUUUAGAGAAACAAGAGAAACAGCUGGAAUUAGAAAUUAAGAAGAUGGCCAAGAUUGGUAAUAAAGAUGCUUGCAGAGUUCUAGCCAAACAGCUUGUACACCUACGGAAACAGAAGACAAGAACUUUUGCUGUAAGUUCAAAAGUGACUUCUAUGUCCACACAAACAAAAGUGAUGAAUUCCCAGAUGAAGAUGGCUGGAGCAAUGUCUACUACAGCAAAGACAAUGCAGGCAGUUAACAAGAAGAUGGAUCCACAAAAAACAUUGCAGACAAUGCAGAAUUUCCAGAAGGAAAACAUGAAGAUGGAAAUGACUGAAGAAAUGAUAAAUGACACGCUGGACGACAUCUUCGACGGCUCUGAUGAUGAGGAAGAAAGCCAGGAUAUUGUAAAUCAAGUUCUUGAUGAGAUUGGAAUUGAAAUUUCUGGAAAGAUGGCUAAAGCCCCGUCAGCUGCCCGAAGCUUACCAUCUGCCUCUACUUCAAAGGCUACAAUCUCCGAUGAAGAAAUUGAAAGGCAACUCAAAGCUCUAGGAGUCGAUUAGUCAACAAAAUCCAUAAUAUUUUUGCUUAUUUACAGUUAUUUAAUAUAAAGCAAAUACAGUGCAGAUUCCUUUUGCAAAACACAUUUAUUUUACAAAAAUGAAGACCAUGAGUGAACAUCUGUUUCCUAACCCAUGGCUAUUUUGAAUCUUUUGCCAAAGAAUGACAAUGAUGCAAAAAUGGGAACCGUUUGGAUUUUAAUUAGAACUAUUUAGGAGUGAUGUGUAAAAAGUUGACUUCUUUUCUGCAUGGCAUAGAAAAAUUUAUUCAUUACUUAAUAUUAGUUUAUGUUGUAAAUCUUUUACACCAAUUACAAAAUUCUUGUUAAAUGCCACUAGGCACCAACUUAAAGAGACCUAUAAAAAUAUUAAAAGUAUAUCAUUAAUUCUGUAUCUGUUGCUUAUUCUUUGUAUACAGUUAUGUGUUAUAACUAUAGGUGGUUCAGCUGCCAAAUUAUUUUUAAAUGAGCUAAAAGAAGAGUGCUAUUUAAACAUCUGUCUUAAAACUGUCGUGAGCUUUUCUUUUCUUCUACUUUUUUCCCUUGGGACAACAUUUUAGUUGGUAAGUUUAUUACCUUUCAAAAUGUGCUUGACACCUGCCUUAAAUAACACAAACAUACUGUGCACAUGUUUAAAUUAUUUUAAUUGGCUCGAAGCAAAUUACAUUUUAAACUAAACUUGAGGCAUCUUAUAAUG